AUGUCAAUUUAUUGCCAAAAUUCUACCUCUCCCAUCCUUCAUCUUCCAAUGGAACCAUCAUUGUCAUGGGUUCAAGAAAGACAUUUUCCUUCCCUUCAUAUCCCCAUCUCAAUAGACCAAUCAUUCCCGGUCCUUCCUGAAGGACCAAUCAACGCCAAAGAUGGGGAUACAUUGUAUCUCUCGAAUCUUGAUGAUAUUAUCGGAGCUCGGGUUUUCACUCCCACUAUUUACUUUUAUAGUGCCCCUCGUAAUUCUUUCGACGAUGUUGUGCACAUCUUAAAGGAUGCCCUUACAAAGGUUCUAGUCCCCUACUACCCUUUUUCGGGUAGAUUGAGAGGGACUAUAAAUGGGAAGUUGGAAGUAUUUUUCGGGCCUAAUCAAGGUGCACUAAUGGUUAAAGCUCAUACUGAUUUGUCAUUGGACCAUUUGGGUGAUCUCCAUGUUCCUAAUCCUGCUUGGUCCAAUUUGGUGUACAAGUUUCCUGAUGAAGGGGAUUAUAAGGUCCUUGAUAUGCCUUUACUUAUAGCCCAAGUCACUAGGUUUAGUUGUGGUGGGUUUAGCCUUGGGUUAAGAAUUUGUCAUUGUAUGUGUGAUGGGCUUGGGGCUAUGCAACUUGUUGGAGCUUGGGCCUCAACGGCAAAAACGGGCUCAUUGGUGGUGGAUCCACAGCCUUGUUGGGAUCGAGAGAUUUUUGCACCUCGAGAUCCACCUACGGUUAAAUACCCUCAUGUUGAGUUUAUGAAGAUCGAAGAUAGUUCUAAUUUGACUAUUAGUCUAUGGGGAGUGAAACCACUUCAAAAAUGCUAUUGGUUAAGCCGAGAAUUCCAAGCCCAUUUGAAGAGUGUGGCCCAGCCCAAGGAUAGUUUGGGUUGCACAACUUUUGAUGCAAUGGCCGCACAUGUGUGGAGGUCAUGGGUCAAGGCAUUAGACGUGAAGCCAUUAGACUUCGGGCUACGUUUAACCUUUUCAGUCAAUGCUCGGUCCAAGGUUAAAAACCCACCAUUAAAAGAAGGAUUUUAUGGAAAUGUGGUGUGUGUGGCAUGUGCCACUAGCACUGUCUCCGGACUUGUAAACGGGUCACUGCAAGAUGUGACCCAUUUGGUCCGUGAAGCCCGUUUAGGGGUUUCAGAAGAGUAUUUGAGAUCAACAAUAGAUUAUGUUGCAAUGGAAAGGCCAAAUAAGCUCGAGUUUGGUGGGAAGUUAACAAUAACCCAAUGGACCCGAUUUUCCAUGUACGAGUCAUCUGAUUUCGGAUGGGAUCGAGCCAUUUAUGCAGGCCCGAUCGAUUUAACUCCAACACCUCAAGUUUGUGUUCUCCUUCCAGAAGGGGUGGCUAAUUCUAGUGGUGCAAUGGUGGUUUGUAUUUGCUUGCCUGAGGCUGCUGCCCAUAGAUUCAAAGAGUUAUUAUGUUUGAUGGAUACAUAG